CGUAAUCUUCCUCGCCUUCCUCCCUGUCGCCGAGGCCGAGGGGGGGGGAGGGGCGGCGAGGCGGGGAGGGGGGCCCGAGGGGGGCGUCGAGGGCCGUCGGCGCCGAGCCGCGCGUGCGCGCGCUGCCGCCCUCGCGGCAACACACGGAGUAGCCGCGCGACCAGUAGGCGGUCGAGACGACCCGCGCCGCCCCGGCCCCACGGAAGGCGAAGGCGCGCGCUGCCCGGGCACCGUCGGCGAAUCCGAGCGCGGCCGAGAUCAAGAGGAGAGGGAGCGCCGAGGGGGAACGGGUCGGAGGACUAGCUGCGCGACAAAUGCCGGGUCGCGGAGUGUCGCGGGUGCAAGAGCAAAGCAGCUGCCGCCCCUGCUCUCCGCCCUCCGGCUCCUCCCUGCCCUCCCCCGACCCUGCACCGCCCCUCCUCCACGCGGCCUGCCUGCACAGCUCAUGCAGGCCCGACAGGGUUGGCGCGGAGGCGUACGAAGACGGCAAGGCGGCGCGCACGCACACAAGCGAUGCCGGUUGCUGCCCUGCGAUUGCCGAGACGGCGAGACACGAGCGCCGAACAAUGCCAUCGGAGGAGUCGGGGACAGGGCAGAGCAACCUCCCCGUCCGCCCUACGCACUACGACAGUGUGGUCUGCGCGUGAGGGUGGAGUAGCGCUGGCUUGUAGCGCAGGGGCACAGGAGAGAACGGCAAAACGCGGCCCAAAAAGUGGGGUGCCGUAGCCGCAGCUUUUCGCCGCAGACGCGGACCCAGCGGGGACAUUGCAUGCAGCUUGUAACUGGUCAAAGCGAGACAGCAUGAAUUCGAACACAAUUCACAGGACCUGCUCCACGUGAGCAGGCGGGCAGAAGUUACAGACUCGUUCAACCAACACGAAGAUAGCGAAGAGCCUACGUUUCUGCCGACAGGGGCCAGGGUGCCCGAUGGAGCCGUCCAGCUCGGCGGGAGGACUUACCUUCGGUGGGUCGGACCGCGGGGGACGCCUCCAGCAGCACCCGGAGAGGGGGGACGCGCGGAGCGCCGAGCGGGCAGACAGCCGCACAAGCGAGGAUCCGAGCAGCAAACGCGUGGCUGACCGGGGCCCCCCGGAGCCGGGCGGAGCCCCCGCCGGCGGAGAGCGCUGGCCGCGGCGGCCCCCCCGCCUCCAAUCACGGCGCGGGCCUGGCGGUGUGGGACACCGCCGCGGCCGCCGCCGCGCGUUCCGGCGGCGCGGGCCGUGCUCGCCGUUGCCGUCAGCGCAAACGUCCGCCGGCGCCGUCCCCGCGGCGGCGCCGGCGGCGUGGCCAAACAGGGGCUCCGCCAUGGCGAGCGAGUCGCGGUGGCGCUUGCUGACGCGCACGGCGGGGAGCCUCUUCC